AUGGAGUGCAUCCGUCGCAACCUGCAACUUGACGAGCGAGGCCGGCCGCUACAUGCAGUGACGGAGAUGACAGAUGCGAUUCCGCUGUUGAUCACGCCGCUGACGGGUGAUGCGAGGUUCUUUCCUUAUUUCAUCUGCUCCGUGGAUGUGCCGGUACGGUACCACUUAGUGAUUCAGAACGAACGUGACCCAGAGACAGUCGCGACAAUUGAUGAACUGCAACGGAGGUUCGGCGACAGUGGGCGGCUGCUUGUGAUUCGGAACCGGUUCAACCGCGGGUACUCGGGGAGCAUGAACCAGGGCUUCGAGUGGGCAUUGAAGGAGCGGACGAUGACUGAGGUACCGUGGGUGUUUGCGUGUGGCGUGGAUACGAUCUUCGAACAAGGGCUGCUGGCAAGCCUUGUGAAGGUCGUGAAGGACAACACGCUGAACGACACUGCAAUGAUGCGGAUGUUACAGAAGGAGGUUGAGAUGGAAGAGAAACUCGUGCGCGAGGGGAACUUCUCGUACUAUGAGCGGUGGGCACCGCGAGGACGUCCGCUGAAGGUACUGCGCAGCGGGUACCCUGGAGUACCACUGAAUGUGUGGACUGCGCCGCUGCUGCCUGACCGGGUGCGUUACAUGGUCGCGAGCGAGAACCGUGCCAAUGGCUCUUUCAAUGCUGUUGAGAUGAAGAGCCGUUUCUUCGGAAACUACGUGGCAAGUGUAACCCCGGUGGCUUCUGCGUUGGGUACAAUUGCAUUCACGCGGCUUGCGCUUUCCACCGUUGGCUAUUUUGACGAGAACUACUUCCCUGCGUAUAUGGAUGACAUCGAUCUUCGCUGGCGCCAGUUCGCCUAUGGCUUCGCUGCUAUCCACGCGGAAGACAAUGGACCUGUUCGCCGUUGGCACCACUACAACGCACCGAAUCUCCGUGGUGGUGGUCCGUUUUCAGAUCCGAUCCUGGAGAAAUCUGGAACGGAAGACAACUAUAGCCGCAGGGCGUUCGUUCACUACCUUGGACGUGCAGGAGGCCUGUACGACAAAUUGAAGCACGGUCCGCGGGACGUAACUGGAGUGUGGCGUGAAUCUGUUGAGAACGGCACGUACAGCUACACACGGUUCAAUAUAUCUGGCUAUCCUGCGGAUACGUGGGUGUUGGAUGAAACGGUUCGGGAGUGCAUGUUCCGACACACGUACGACUAUGUGACACGAAAGUGGACGCGUCCGAAGGAUUGCUGGUACAGGCCAAACACACUGGCGGACAGCGGUGUGCUUGGCGAGGAUCAGCUGACGAGCUACCAAGCAGUGCUCCGCGCAGGUUUGUACAAUGCGAAAUAA